GAUGCCUGAACAACUUUUCUGGGGUUGCUUUUCCUUGUGAAGAAAUCUCAAAGUUUCCUCUUUAUUUUUAUUUUUAUUCUUCCUCUCUAAAAUUAACUCAAAAACAAAGAAAGGUAAAGGGGAAAAAGAGAUGUCUUCUCCAAGCAAACGCCGAGAGAUGGACUUGAUGAAACUGAUGAUGAGUGACUACAAGGUGGAGAUGAUCAAUGAUGGCAUGCAAGAAUUUUAUGUUGAAUUCAAUGGACCAAAAGACAGUCCUUAUCAUGGUGGUGUAUGGAAGAUUAGGGUGGAACUCCCAGAUGCUUAUCCUUAUAAAUCUCCAUCAAUUGGCUUUAUAAACAAGAUCUAUCACCCGAAUGUUGAUGAAAUGUCUGGUUCAGUUUGUUUGGAUGUCAUCAAUCAGACUUGGAGCCCUAUGUUCGAUCUGGUAAAUGUCUUUGAAGUGUUUCUUCCUCAACUUCUUUUAUAUCCCAACCCAUCGGAUCCAUUGAAUGGAGAAGCUGCUGCUCUUAUGAUGCGUGAUCGUGCUGCCUAUGAACAAAGAGUUAAAGAGUAUUGUGAGAAAUAUGCCAAACCCGAAGACAUUGGAGCAAAGGCGGAAGAGAAGUCAAGCGACGAAGAGCUGAGUGAAGAUGAAUAUGCUGCCUCCGAUGAUGAGGAAAUCGCCGGAAAACCCGAUCCUUAAGCCAACAUAAGAUUACCCUUUUUUUUCCUAGAGAAAAAAUUGUGUGUUGUACAUUGAUAUUUUCAGGUCCAGGAAAAUUUGAAGUUGAACAAAAACUAUGAGGGGGGGACUUAUGGAAAAAAUUUCCAACCCCUUGUUUUUCUGUCUAUUUUCCAUGGAUGUUGUGUAAAUUAAAAUCAACUGUUUACUUAAAUAUUUUCAAACUUCCA